AACACUGUGACAAUAAAUUUAACUCCUGUUCACCAGAAAGAAAGACCUGAGUUGCACUUUGUUUGUGGCUCUUAUAGACACACUGCGUCCUCAGGAGAGACCAUUCUGACUGAGCGCACAAUCAAUCUACAUGGAAGGCAAGAUGAAUUUGGAGGAAUACUUCAAACGAAUUGGUGUCCAUGGUUCUUUUGAUAAACUGGAUAUAGCAACACUGAAGUUGAUCCACAAACAGCACGUCAUGUCAAUUCCUUUUGAGGACCUCAGCAUUCACUGUGGUGAGAGGAUCAUCAUGGAUCUUGAUGUAAUUUUCAACAAGAUGGUGAGGAGCAGCCGUGGAGGUUGGUGCCUUGAGAACAACUUCCUGUUUGGCUGGGUGCUGAGAGAAAUGGGCUACGACACUACGACGUUGGGCUGCAGAAUUUUCAACAGUCCCGUCAAUGAGUUUCGUCCCUUUGAAUCUCAUCUCAUUAACAAAGUCGUCAUUGAAGGAAAGGCUUAUAUAGCAGAUGUCAGCUAUGGGAUGUCUUUCCAAGCGUGGGAGCCCCUUGAGCUUGUCUCUGGAAAGGACCAACCUCAGGCAGCAGGUGUCUUUCGCCUCACAGACAAUGGGGACUACUGGGUGCUGCAGAAAACUGGUAGAAAGCCAGAGAUCCUCAAUCCAGAGUUUGCCAACUCAAGUCUGGUGAACAGGAAGGAAACAGACCAGUUGUUCUGCUUCAACUUGGUGCCUCGUGAGGUCGAUCAUUUCUUUGAGAUAAACCACAAACUCCAGACAGAUCCUACUUCCCAGUACAUCAACAAGUCCAUCUGCUCUUUGCAAACACCAACAGGGUUCAGAGCUCUUAUUGGCUGGACCUACAGUGAGAUCACCUUUAAACCUGAGGAAGGUGUUGAUGUCUUUGACUUGAGAAUCAUAACAGAUGAUGAGAUAGAGCAAAUUCUACAUGAAAAGUUCAAUAUGAAGCUGCAGAACAAACUGCAGCUUGUAAACAACAAAUCAGGGUACACACUCUGAAAUCCUCAUAUUCUGUUUUAAAAUUGUCCUGAAAUUAUGUCUCAACCUGUUUUGAUUUCACGACCGACCAGGUAUAGCAGCUUGUUGAAGAAUUGUCUAUUUGAAACACAAAAAUGCUUUGAAUUAAUUUUUUUGUACAACGAAAUUGUGCAAUUGUAUUCCGGCUGAGAGAAGUGAAAAUGUGUUUUGGAUUUAUGCUUUUGGUAUAUGUGUAAGAGCAAAGUGUUGAGUUAAUGUGAAAUGCAGACAUGCCGUUCUUAUGGAAAGUAUAAUUAACCAAAGAAAUGUUAUGUUCAAUCCAAGAACAUCUACAUGAAAGCAAUGCAGUUUGCCAUUAUUAUAUGUUUUAUAUGCCAACGUGAUCUGCUAAGCUUCAAGUUAUAUAUAAUCUUGUUAUAUGAUUAUUCUGAUAUGAGUGAUAUGAUUAUAUAUAGGUUAUGCUUGGAUGUCCCGACUUAGUCUCAUCUGUACUCUGUGUACUCGCUCAUAUAUCAUCACCAUGCUUAAAUAUUAUGCUCAUACAUAUAUUUUUCUUCUGAAACACGGCUGAGCUUAUGAUUUUGUUUGAAGGCUGGAAGAAGGGUUGUUUGUUUGGGGUUAUUUUUGUAGGAGUAUUAUCAUGUCACAAAGGCAAUUCUUAGCAGCGACCAUCAAGUGUUAGAUAGAAGAACCUAAACUGUGUUGUUCAUCUGACUACAUCUGUAGACCUUUAG